AUGGAGCUCCCGCUGAAUGAGGCGCACGAUGCGCUAUUCAGCGACCGGGUGCGGCGCUUCCAGGAGUUUCUGGACUCGCACGACGCCUAUGCAGACGAGAUCCGGGCGAUCCUGGUGCACAACGGCCUGAAUGCCGAGCGCGGGGACGGCGCGUGGGACAAGAAGAGCGGGCCGGCGGGCGCGAGCCUGCCGCGGCGCCUGACUGUAUCGCUUGACGACAUCCGCGAGUUCGAUAGGGCCUAUUGGACCGGCCUGCUGGUGCAGCCUGCGUACUUCUUGCCUGCGGCCGAGCGCGCGGUGACGGACCUGGCAGCGGUACUGGAAGACACGCGCGUUGCGCGGGCUGCAGGCCCAUCAAGCGAAUGGCGGCUCUCGUUCCGCGGUGCGUUCGGCGCCCAUGCGCUGUCGCCGCGGACGCUGAUGGCGACGCACCUGAACCAGCUGGUGUCGAUCGAGGGCAUCGUGACGCGCACGUCGCUAGUGCGUCCGAAGUUGUUGCGCUCGGUGCAUCUGUCGAAAAACACGGGUGCGCACUACUACCGUGAUUACCGUGAUGCGACCACGACGCUGGUCACUGAGGUUCCGACGCCGGCCAUCUACCCAGAGGCAGACCCCGAGGGCAAUCCGCUGAACACUGAAUAUGGCUACUCCACGUACAUGGACCACCAACGGGUGACGGUGCAGGAGAUGCCCGAGAAGGCCCCGCCGGGACAGCUUCCGCGGUCGGUCGAUGUCAUUUUGGAUGACGAUCUGGUGGAUAAGACGAAGCCAGGCGAUAGGGUUAACAUCGUGGGGGUCUUCAAGUCCAUCGGUGCGGGUGGCAUGUCAGGAGGCUCAUCUUCAGACCACGGUAACAAUGGGCUGGCAGGAUUCAAGACGCUGAUCAUUGGCAACACCGUUUAUCCUUUGCACGCGCGCUCCACCGGAGUGGCAGCAAGCGAGCGUCUUUCAGACACCGACAUCAGAAACAUCAACAAGCUGGCAAAAUCGGCAGAUGUAUUUGACCUGCUUGCGCAAUCGCUGGCGCCCUCUAUCUACGGGCACGAACAUAUCAAGAAGGCGGUGCUACUAAUGUUGAUGGGGGGUGUUGAGAAGAAUUUGGAGAACGGCUCUCACCUGAGGGGUGACAUAAACAUUUUGAUGGUUGGUGACCCUUCUACUGCAAAGUCACAGAUGCUGCGCUUUGUGCUCAAUACCGCCGCACUUGCGAUUGCGACUACUGGGCGAGGCUCUUCUGGUGUCGGUUUGACUGCCGCUGUUACCAUGGACAGGGAAACAGGCGAAAGACGUCUGGAAGCGGGUGCAAUGGUGCUCGCAGACCGCGGCAUAGUGUGUAUUGACGAAUUCGACAAGAUGUCCGAUGUGGACCGGGUUGCUAUCCACGAAGUGAUGGAACAGCAAACAGUGACGAUUGCCAAGGCGGGUAUCCACACGACACUGAACGCACGUUGUUCAGUGAUAGCAGCAGCCAAUCCUGUAUUUGGUCAGUACGAUGUUAACAAAGAUCCACACAAGAAUAUUGCUCUACCUGAUUCGUUGCUUUCUCGUUUCGAUCUACUGUUCGUGGUGACCGAUGAUAUUAAUGAUGUUCGUGAUCGUGCAAUUAGUGAACAUGUGCUACGGACCCACCGGUAUCUUCCUCCAGGGUACAUGGAGGGAGAACCUAUUAGGGAAGCGAUUAAUCUGUCUCUCUCAGUUGGUACUGAUGGUGUUUCUAUUGACCCUGACGCUGAUGAUGACACCACCGAUAAGGUGUUUGAGAAAUACGAUCCACUGUUGCAUGCAGGUGCUAAACUAGCUAAAAACCGUGGUGACCACCGUGGCGCCGAACUGCCAAAGGUUGUAUCGAUUCCCUUCAUUCGUAAGUACGUUCAGUACGCGAAGGAGCGAAUCGUCCCAGUGUUGACGCAGGACGCAGUCAACAUAAUCGUGAAAACCUACUGUGACCUGAGAAAUGACCAGAAUACCAAGAAGUCGCCGAUUACUGCUAGAACGCUGGAAACCUUAAUUCGUCUGUCCAACGCACACGCUAAGGUGCGCCUUUCUAAGCUCGUAGAGGCCCGCGACGCUAAUGUGGCGGCGCAGCUGCUACGUUUUGCCCUGCUUGGAGAAGAUCUAUCAAGCACGGCUUCCGAUAGCGCACUACAGCAUUCUCCUAGGAAGAGACAACGGACACGCAUGUACACUGAAGAGGAACCAGCCCCUGCACUUCAGCAAAGCCAUUCCGGAGCAGACGCCGACGCAACUAGUAGCUCCAUCGUUGCUACCCCUAUUCGCGCACGGAAUUUGCCGCGAGAUAUUGAUCCAGAUGCAUCCGAUGCAGAAGACGACGGUGACGCCGUGUACUUACCAGAUUCCAUUACCUCGCUCACACCUAUGACCCGACUCCCGCAUGAUGAGGAACUAGAUCUUCAACGUCGUAUGGAGCGGGGCCUGCGCGUGUCGCCGCGGCUUGCCUCCCGGCGUAUCCUUUCCGACUCGGAAAACCUGCCUGCUCAUCCUCCAACUUCUGCCGCUUCCAUGCGCCAGCAUCUGCAACAGGCUGCCCACUCGCCAUCUCGUGCGCCAGAUGAAUCAGCUACUGUUGAACACAUAGAACCCGGUUCUAUAUCUCCAGGAAGGCUUUCUAUUAUAUCCGGUAUUAUUGCCCGUUUGAUGCAGACAGAUCUGUUUGAGGAUGAGCAUUACCCUAUAAUCGCGCUCCUGGAGAAGGUCAACGAGGAGCUGCCGGAGGAGGAUAAAUUCUCGAUGGAAGAAUACCUUGCAGGUCUGAACAUAAUGAGUGACAGGAACAACUUGAUGAUAGCAGAAGAUAAGGUAUGGCGAGUUUAG